AUGGUAUCGUUCUAUGUAACAAUGACAUAUGACUAUAAAGCUGCUGAGAAACAGCUUGUGAAAGAUUGCCCACACUUCCUGCCAUUGGCUAUUUCAUAUCAGUUCUUGUAUAUUCAUGAUCUCGUCCAAGUACGUACACUACUGUUCGCUUUAUUAUUUUUCGCUACCUUCAUCGUAUCUACUUUUGCUUCACUUCUAUUAUUCUGUCUAAUACAGUUUAUGGGCAAGACACAACACUUCUCAAAAGCCACUAAGAAAAUGUAUAUACGUCUAUUGAUCAAUCUGUCGUGUACAAUCUUAAUCCCAGUUGUCUUACAUGCCGUACCAACAGUAGUAUUAGAAUCUUUGAUGCUCUUCCAAUUACAAGCAAGUUUAUGGAUUUCGACAGCGAUGUGGUCUAUUGGUUCCUCUCACGCACUGAUAAACUGUGUAGCGUUCAUUGGCUUGAACGAAUUCUACCUGAAGAAGUUUAAAACAGAUAUUCGAUUCUGCUUGAAUCCGAUCGUGACAAAGGUGGCUCCAAGCUCGCAAGCUCUGACUGGAAUCUCUCUUAUCAAUGAACAGCUGGAGAGAUGCUCCAAUCGAAAUUUGAAUAACAAAGAUCUCGGAUGCUCAAGUUUAGUUUCUGUCAAAGAUGAUACCAAUUACGGGACUUUUGCUUCGAAGCCUGUUAUUGGAAUAGUUGAAAUUAGAUUUGAUUCUCUGCAUGAAAAGGAGUUACCGCAACAGUGGGUUCACUUACAACCAGAAAGGAAAUAG